UUUGGAAACAUCAUGGAGUACUAGCGCUAAAUUCAAAAUUCUCCUUCGUAGGAUGAAAAGACAUCACAGGGAGGAGUCGUCGUCUCGUGCCAAGAAGGCCCGUGCUCCUAGUGUAUCUGACGGUGAAGAUAAUAAUGGAUACGUCAAUUCUUCCAAGAAGCACAAAAGCCCUCCUCGGAAAGCCCUACUUAGGCGGCCUUCACGUGAAGAUAGGCCAACAGUGGAUAAACAUGAUCAUCAUAAUUCAAGACAAACAUUCUUGCUGCGUCCUAAUCCUUCGAAGUUUGUCGGGGGAAACACAAGCAGUCGUUCGUUUAAUCCGCUCAGGUAAUUUGUAUGUGAUGUAUUGAGUUUACGUGAGUUGUUACGAAUGGUCAUACAUGUUGGUAAUGUGAGUCUACCAACUUGGACUUCAGACGCCAUUAUCCAUGUUUCCUACUAAUAAAUAAUUAUUUGGUCCAUUCAUUUCUUCGCCGUUAUUUAACUCAUUCUAACGGUACCAAAAUGUCAGUAUCACCGUCACAAUGCAUAGUACAUAAGUUUUUGUCCUAAUUGUUGGUUUUAAUUUUAUCGUUGUUGAACACAUGGUAAUCUGAUGUAUUUCAUAUGAAUAAUUCUGGAGCAGAUUUUCAGCUGGUGGCAGCUGCAACUGUCCUAUCGUUUACUCUACAGCACAUUGGAUAAUGCUAAUCCUUAUGUAAAUUACAAACAUCAUUGCUCAAAUGGUCCUUGUUUCUUCAAUGAAUAAAGAAGAGCAACAAAUUAUGCUGCACACAUUUAAUUUAUGGGAGAGAAUGUCAUUUUUCUAUUACAGGUUAUUUGUUUCUGAAAGCAAACGGGACAUUUGUUUACGACAUUGAAUCUAAUUCAAUUUGCUGACACAAAUAUGGUGAUUAAAUACGCCCGACGAGCCAUAGGUCGUGUUUUGUUCCUAAAAAGCAUGAAGUUUUGGUCUCGUAAACGCAUCUUUCAUUCUUAUGAAAUCAAAUUUUCUUAAUGAGAUCGCUCAUGCAGAAAAUCAUAUUAAUCAUGCAAACUUUCGUUCCUACGAUGUCCCACCUGAGAUGCUUGUUCUUCAGUCAUCCCAAGUGUUCGUCAGGUUUGGCCUUAGGCAUGUAUGCUGUCUGAUUUGAAAUCACCAUCUAAUGUCCACUUGUCGCUCAUCCGGUUUAGUUAACAAGUAAUUUUAUAAUUGCAGCUUUAGCGAAGAAUAAAAUGUUUCUCAGCAAACUAAUUUUGUGUACAUAUUGAAAAAAAGUAUUAAGAUAAACACUAAUGCUGUGAAAUGACCGAAGGAAGAGCUUUAAGAAGGAUUCCUAUCUCAAAAGUUAAAGCAUUUGGAGAAUUAUAUGAUUGGCCAUUUCAGUAAGUUGUUCGUUUAUGGUAAUAUUUGUAAUUUGUUCAAUAAGCAAUUAAUUGACACGGUUUGUCCGAAAAUGAGGUAUGUAAGUAUCUAAAUGGUCUCAUAUUCAAAAGAAUGGGGAUAUCACACAAACAUCAGUAUAUAGUUGACUUGUUUUGAAUUCUCUAUGGCUGGAAGUCUGGUGCACUGGUCAUCCAAGUUCAAGAAAAUCAUAUGCUCCAUCAUCACGAAUGUCCGGUCACUCAUCCAGAUCUUUAAUUCAUCCUUCUGGUCGAGUUAAUCCUAUGUUGGCCGCAAGUUUAGCAUCGUCGGGCAAACUGCCUAACCUUCCGUUACCACCCGGUUCUAGCGGUGCAACAGUUGCAGCGGUUGCAGCAGCCGCAAUGAAUGCUGCCGCAAUGGCUGCAGCCUUAGGUGCCGGGGGAGUAAUAUCUAGCAAACAAAUGUCUCAUAUUACCAAAGCGUUAGCGUCUGCAACUCGAACAAGUCGUGAUCGUCGUCAUGGUUCACCGUCCAAUAGACCAGUUCGUCGUUCAUCUGAUAGAUAUAUAAAUGAUGAUUCAAGAAGCAGUCGAAAACCUAGAGGUGGUAGUAAAGAAAAAGACCUGGUUAGCAUUUUUAACGCCCGUUAUGCUCGUCCAGUGGAACAUCGCAAUCCUGAAGAUGAUCCUCAUGCAACAAGAACAUUGUUUCUGGGCAAUUUACCGCCGGAUGUUGAAGAGCCUGAAUUAAGAAAACUUUUCGAACGUUAUGGUAUCAUUGAAGAUAUUGAUAUUAAACGCCGCGAGUUGGAGAAUGGAGCAACUGCGUUUGCUUUUGUCCGAUAUCUUAGUUUAGAUAUGGCACAUCGUGCAAAAGUUAAUUUAUCCGGUCAAAUGAUUGGUGAAUACAGGUUCAAGAUUGGUUAUGGGAAAGUUAUACCCACAAGAUGCCUGUGGAUUGGUGGAUUAGGUCCAUGGACAAACUAUCCUGAAUUUGCAACCCUUGUUAAUAGCAUUAGUUCACCUGAGAAAAUUAUAUGGCCAUCUGGCAAAAAUUAUGCUCAUAUCCUUUAUGCCAACAGUGAAUUGGCUGCUGUUGCAGCUGACCUUUUACGUGGAUAUCCAUUAGGAAAUAGUCACAGACGAAUCAGAGUAGACUUUACUGAUGAAUCACAUAUGUUUAAAGAUCCUAAUUGGAAACGUUUAAAGAGAGAUUCUUCCACAGAGUCUAAUUCAAGACAUUAUUCGUCAAGAAGAUCGCUAACACCUCGAACAAGACGGGACACUUCUCACUCAGAUAAUGCAUACUCCCAUGGAAACAAUCAUUAUUCAAAGUACAAACGUGAUCGAAGAUCAUAUGAUGAAAGUGAUCACAGCCGUUCUGUCUCACCAUCCCAUCAUAAGAGGGAAUCUGUUCAUAAGUCUCGGAAAGCCACACAUGAAAGAACGUCUAGGCGUAAUCAGCGGGAUCACUCCACGACUCCUGGAGCUGAUUCGUCUCGUAAUGGGUCACGUUCCCGCUCGUCGUCGAAAUCUCGAGAGGGUUCAUCAUCUCCCUCUACCCCACCGACUUUAGAUACAUCUACUAAUAUCGGACAACUGGCAUCUUGCCUCCCAAAAGCCUGGGUCGGGGCUUUCUACUUGAAAUCGAGCAGUUUUCAGUGCCGUAUGCAUGUUUUAAGGGGUGAUAAAAGCCUUGUUGAUCAAUUUAUGUACCGUGGUUUGAAUUCAGAAGCAUCUGCAGACCUGAAUGAUAAUCGACGUGCAACUAAGGGGUCGAACAAAGAUAAACAUACAUCAGCAGAUGAGAAUGACUCAAAUGAAUCUCAUGACGGUGCGCAUGAUAGUAAUGAGAGUGAUUAUGCAAGCAAGGACAAAGUUGUCUGUUUACGAAUUACCCAAAGAAUGAGACUUGAUCCCGUAAAACUAGACGAUGUCAAUCAACGUGUUGAAACAGUUGGUUCUUCUGGCUACUGCAUACUUUUAGCCGUCCCAACACAUUCUGUAUGGAGUCACGAGAAUGAGAAACAGCCUCAGAGACCCCUUCGGAAUUUGGUCGGAUACCUACGAACCAAAGAUUCUGCUGGAGUAGUACUUUUGAAUUCUACAGGUCAAAAUCAGAACAAUAAUUCUGCGUCUCCUUCAACUACAGAAGCUACAAAUACCUCUGGAGUAUUAUAUGCAUUUCCACCUUGUGACUUCUCUUUAAGUCUUCUACGUGAAAGUGCUCCACGACUAGAAAAAGACUAUGGUAAAGAUGAUCACUUAGUUAUAUUACUCAUUCGUGGGACUGGUGUUGUGUAAUCUACUGUUAAUUAUAAAUUCUACAUUCUUUCAACUGAAUCACACACUUACAAACUUUGUUGACUGAUUGAAUGUGUUCUGUGUGUAUGCAUAAGACAUUUUUACUGGGUCAGUGCACACACCAUUACCACGGUCCUUAUCAAUGUAAGAAAAUCAACAUUUUCGUUGCCUCUAGUGUUAAAUUUUUCUGCAUAUUUCAUACUUCACAUUCUUUCAGAAAGCAUUUAAAAAGGACUUGUUUGUUUCUGUGUGUUAUUUUCUUUCCUUUGUUGUUUUUUUCUUGUCUGAAAAACGCCACAAAACUUGUGAAGUUGAAUUAAAAUAUACAAUAUUUAUUGUGUAA